AUGAAAAAAUAUCCUACCCCAUCUAAUUUCUCAAAGGCAGAAGCCCCAAAAAUGAAUGCAGAGAUACUGGCAUCACUCUCAGAUCUGUCACUUAAGAGGGACAAACGAAUAUAUAAUCGCCAAAAUAUCACUGGGAAGCUGAUGACCUGCCUUGGAAAGUCUCUCACUAGUCUCUUAAAGGGGAAUAUAAACAGCAAAGUUCUUAUUGAAGAGAUUAAUGAUGCAGCCAAGUUAGCAGCUGAAAUUCAUCAUCAAGACUCUGCAUCAAGGAAAUUUUUCGCCUUAUCUGGUGCCAACAAAGUUGUGCAGGAUGCCAUGAAAAAUUCUAAGACAGAUGAGUUUCUGUUUGGAGCAGACUCUACAGAGAAAAUAAAGACGGCUCAAUCUAUUAAGAGAACUAGCUCUCAAAUAAAAAUAAAUGAUAAGAAGGAAACAACAAAACCCAACUUUAAUAGCAAGAAACAGGUAAACUGGAUAGGCCCAUUGCAAUACCAACACCAGCAACGGACUCGCAAUGGGCCCCAACAGCAAGCAACCACACCAGCCUUCAAGAAGCAGCUUCGCUACGAUCAGACGCAACAGAAAGGUCGGAAACAUGCUCCACAACAAUCCAGAUCCAGACACCGCUUCUAA